UGCGGGCGCCCUAUUGGGUGCGGCGGUAGCUGUGCGGCCGGGUGGGUGGUGUUGGCGCCGCCAUGGCGGAUCGGCUCACGCAGUUGCAGGACGCGGUGAACUCGCUCGCAGACCAGUUCUGUAACGCGAUUGGCGUGCUGCAGCAGUGUGGCCCCCCAGCCUCCUUCAGCAACAUUCAGACAGCGAUAAACAAAGAUCAGCCUGCGAAUCCGACCGAAGAGUACGCCCAACUGUUUGCAGCAUUGAUUGCACGAACUGCAAAAGACAUUGAUGUUUUGAUAGAUUCUCUGCCUAGUGAAGAAUCUACAGCAGCUUUGCAGGCUGCUAGUCUGCAUCGAUUAGAAGAAGAAAACCACGAAGCAGCUGCCCGUCUGGAAGAGGUGGUUUAUCGCGGGGAUGCACUGCUGGAGAAGAUCCAGAGCGCCCUGGCCGACAUCGCGCAGUCGCAGCUGAAGACGCGGAGCGGCUCGCACAGCCAAGCGCUGCCGGAGCCGUAGCGCCAGGGGGCAGCGCAGCCCCGAGCAACGUAGGUUCGAGGCCUGACCCCGCCUUGGGGACAUCCAGCUGCGGCCACGGACAGCUCUGACACCCAGCCCGGCUGUGAGGGACUCUGAGUAUCUGGUCAUCGGUAACAACGCCUUUUAUCCCAGCUCCAGCCACAGGCUUUGUGUGAGAAACACUGCUACUGUAGAAUUGGUGGUUCUGCUCGGGAAUUGUGUGCAUUGAUGUGUUACCUUGACUUUUUUCUCUUCAUGAAUGUCUGUUUUCAGUCUGAUUUGUUAGCUUGAUCACAAGCCUUAAUCCCUGAGGGGGAAUUCAGAAGAAAAACAUAUUGAGUAUCUAUGUAAUUUGCUCACCUCUCAUUUCAAACUUUUGUGUACUUUGUGUAUUUUUUGUAAUGCUUAAACCCAAACACAGUUGAAUUUGCCAGAGUUGACACAGUGCUAGACAGUGAUGUGAAUACAGUGGUGGAUAUCCAUUUUAGAUAAUGGAAAUGGCAAUUAAACAAGUGUAUUCUUGGCUGGUUUACCUACCACCCUUUUGCAGAGCAAAUGAAGGGAUAAAUAAACUCUGGUGUUCUCUAACAGAGAGUAAGUAUUCUUGGCAUUGGCAUCUCAUUGUAAAAAAACACACACAAAGCUGCAGAUACCUGAUACUGGCAUUUAUAAAUGUUCACAGGUGACAAAUGGCUCUGUGACUCCAUUACUGCCACUUACAUGCUUACUCUUACUUGCUUGUGUCUUUUCUCUGCUUCUUCUGAAAUUCUGCAUUCUUGUGGCAACUGGUGAAUGUCUAAAAAGCAGGUUAUAAUGAGGGAACAUUGGAUGACAGGGAAGAAAUUAGCAAUGAAGAAACUGAAAAUAACUUAUUACGUAAUGUUGUUUUUCAGUGUAAGCAGUGGCUGCCACAUGAAUGCUGUGAUCAUAAACAGUAAGAGGCCUGUUGUCCCCAACAUGCUCUAGAGAGUUUUUGUUUUCAUCUUUGCACACUGAAUUGUUGAAUGAAUUUUUUCUUCUCAUA